GGCCGGCAGCCCCAGCCGCGGGCCGCAGGGCGGCCAUGGGGGACGACGCCGCCGCCGCCUCGGCCAAGGGCGCGCACCUGCUCGUCGAACACCUGCGCCGCCGCACGCACUUCUCCAGGCAGGAGAUCGAGGCGCUGUGCCGGGUGUACCGCAGCCUGGUGGCCAGCACGAGUGCUGCGGGUGGCUCCCCCGCCGCCGCGCAGGCGUCGGCCGCCGCGGUCGCAGCGCCGCCCCUCGCGGGCGUCGCCGCUGUCGAGGGACUGGACCGCGUGGUGUUCCGCGAGCUGCUGCACAACACGUUCGACCUGGUGACGGAGGAGGUGCUGAUGGACCGCGUCUUCUGCGCCUUCGACCGCUGCAACGACGGCGUGGUGCGGCUCGAGGAGUGGGUGCAGGGGCUGUCCGUCUUCCUGCGGGGCACGCGCGAGCAGCGGACCGCCUUCUGCUUCCUCGUCUACGACCUCAACAGCGACGGCUACAUCACGCGCGACGAGAUGUUCCACCUGCUCAGGAACUGCCUGGUGAAGCACCCGAACGACGAAGAUCCGGACGAGGGCGUGAAGGACCUGGUGGAGCUGGCGCUGCGCAAGCUGGACGCGGACCGCGACGGCAAGGUGUCCUUCCAGGACUUCCAGAAGGCGGUCCAGGCGGAACCGCUGCUGCUGGAGGCAUUCGGCCAGUGCCUGCCAGCCGAGAGCGCGUGCCACACCUUCCUGGCCACCCUACGGGAGCCCCAGCCCUGACUCGGGAGUACCAGUCCCGAGUGGCAUACCAUCGAGUUACACACUUCAAUCGGUCCCCGUUAUCCUGCCAUUCUGCAAAUGUACAUAUUUAAUAUCACACAUUCUAAAUUAAUACAAUUAAUGUUUUCAUACUCUUACUAGUGUACUCAUUGCUUAUUAUCUUCAUCUCGAAUCACUGAAGCCCCUUUCGAAAGCAUGAAUUCUGGACAGGUUUUUGUGUAUUUUUCUUUGACUUAUCGAAUGUCUGAACACUAAACAUGUAGAAAGGACAGUGUCACUACCUACCAAUAGUAACAUAAGUAUUAGCCUCAUGAGCAGCUAAAUGCCCUCAGAAACGAUAAAUUUAGAGAUUGUGAGAGCAUUCGAUCUACAUGGAAACAUACAAAAACUUACUAUACGUGGAAGAUAUCUAAACAACGGGAAUGCUAUACUAGACUAUAUAGUGGAGACCGCAAUAACAUAGUGUCAAAACCAAGGGGGGGGGGGGGGGGGGGGAAGGGGAAGGUGAAGAGGAAGAAAAGCACAUACAAGUCUCGAGUCUCGCUUUUGCAACUAAUUUCAUAUCGCGUUCUUCAGCUUCUCUUGGCACUGAUGAUGAAAGAUUAAUUAUCGGUCACAAGGAUGUGUCUGUCUGCUUCUGCAGUCGACGAUGUUAUCGUCAAACGAAGGUGCUCUCACCUUUAUGUGGAUUGGAAACACUGUCGAUUACCGAGCUACAACGCCUGGCAGAAAAAGGUCUCCAGCAGUAUGCUCUAAUUAAUUAUUGUCUAGUAUCUGCUGUUUUUAGGUCAUUGCACGAAGUACGCAUGGUGUCCCAGAAAUGUUCGACAGAUUUCGAGGGAUUGUGGAGGGAGCCCUGACUAAAAAUCGACGAUGGGAAGCCGUGUCUGGAAUCGUCGGCCAAUGACGCUACACAGCAUCGAAGUAACAGACGCCGGCGCCUACCGCUUAGGCCACCCCUUUGGCAGCAAACUUGACUUAGGACGCUGACGGACCGUAGGCGAAACGUCCUGGAAUGUUGUUUGUUAUUCAGUGAUCACGACCGAUUGACACGAUCGCCAAAGAAGAAGUAGGAGCUAGCUGCUGCAUAGAAAGGCCUUGUCUCAUAUGAGUGCGAUGUUCUGUUGCCUCGGUGGAUGACGAUUUCGGACACGGGUUCCCAUCCGCAGUUUAUUUUCCUCCUGGUACCCUCUAAAAUCUAGUGUUUUUCGGCAUAGAGGAAAAUAAAUAAUAAACUGCAGAUGGAAACUCGUGUCCAAAACCAAGACAACAGAGCAUCGCAUUUAUAGGAAGGAGACAGCGCCUGGAAAUACAGCAUCUCCCCAACUGAUGAAAGGGGCAAUCAGUGGAGAUCACAGAAUAACAAAAAACAAUUCGAGGCGAUCCGCCAACGGUCCGUCAGCGUACAAAGUCACAUUUUUCCGGACAUUGGUUCCUAUCCUCCACUUGUUCCUCAAAACACCCUCUGAAGACAUUUGAAGUUUGUCGUAACGUUUCUGGCACAUCCUGCACAUUCUCAUAUUAUCGUUACAUUUGUCUUAUGCUUCAGGCUGAUUUAACAUUAGCGAGAAAUUGUUUACAAUAGUUACUGAACGUUUUGUAUUCAGAAGCUGUGCUGUUUAGUGCAAUGGAUCAAGUUUAGGCUUCAUAGAAAAGUACUGUUGUGAAACUCAAUUCUUCUUAUACUACCAGAGUUAUUACAAGGUAGCCAAACUGAAACUGAUCCACAAAGUCUGUAAGUAUGACUUGCACAGAUAACCGGCAUUAUACUUUUGUUGUACUUAUGUGCAUAAAAUAUAGUUCAAGCGGAGGACAGUAAAGUGUUACAAAAUGGCAAUGCCUAUUAUCUGUGCAAGUAAUAACUUUAAACAUCUCCUGAACCAGCUUCAUUUGACUGCCCUGUAUAUUUCCAUUCUUUAUUUCGCAGUCCCGGUUAGAACAUUAAUUCAUCUCACUUUUUAACAAUGCUUUACUUCUUUCCGCCGUUCUAUCUUACUGAAGAUGUGUCGCUAUUUCCUGUCUGAGCAACAAGCAACAAAUUUUCCGGUUAUGCCAGAACACAAUUCUCUAUCUUUUCGCCACAGGACUCAGAUUUACGUGACUGGCUUUCAUUGCAUUGUGUAAUUACACACUUCUCGCUAACGGAAACUUUUAUGGUGGCAGUCGAUUGAGUAACAGUCGAGUCCUGGUGGCGGAAAACCUGCUUUUGGCCAGGAAGAGCAGAAAGAUGUUGACCCAAGUUCUUCAUAACCAGAUUUUGUACCAUUGCCCAGUACUAAAUUCCAAACAUGUGUGCAGUGUCUCGUUGAAUGUGAAAUUGUUCACCGAGUGAUCAGACGUUUGGAUGGGGACGCUAAGCUCUGUGUCCCUCUUGGUGCUAUUCAAGCGAAGUAGGCUUCAUUCUUGCAUAGCGUUUUACCCUCUCCCUUCUCUUGUGUGAUCACAAAAAUCACAGAGAUGGCACAUGCGCUCACUGCAGUUCCAUAAACUAAGCGUUCAUAUGUAAUACACAACACUCACGCUACGACAACGGCAGGUCAAGUUGUGCGAAUGAAGGGAGCUAUCCCUACGCAGGCAGCUCAACGAAUUCGGGAUAUCCCAGCCGUCAAUAUUCCACAUACUUUUUGUCGAACAACCUUUAUUCGGAUGCUUUUGGAGAUGAGCAAAGACUCACCGACAUUCCUGCUAUCUUAUGUAGAAUUAGAGUAAUUUGAGCAGUAAUCGUAUCGUUUGGGAAAAUAGCGUACCUGUUCUACUUAUUUAUAAAAUUAUGAGCCAUCUCUGUGUUUUUUUGAAGGAGUAGUUUACUCACAUAUAGUCAGUGCAGUUUCUUGCAAAAGCUUAAAAAUCUUUAAACAAAUUUUAUUCGCACUGUCAGAAGAAUAUGUAAAUGACUCAUUACUUUUAUUGGAAGUGCUAACGUCUCAUCAUUGCAUAGAACAACUUAUAAUGUUUUUCUGUCUUGAACAGUAAGCUAAGAUAAACUGUGCACCAACAAUAUCAUCUAAUUCAAUAAACUGUGGUCCCGUACUUUGCCUAAUUACAAUGGAAAAUAAUUUUAAUUUCUCAUUAUCGAAGCUCCAUUAUGAGAUAAUCCUUGAUUAUCGCAUGAGAUUUAUCUGUCAGUUGGUAACCGAACGCACUAUUCAAAGAGUAAAUACAAAACCCAUGAAGCUCAUGCUGCAUGCUACAUUUCAGAUGGACUGCCACUUCUCCUCACGCUACUACAAUGAUCUCUCCUGGCGCUCUUUCUCAGUGCUUAUACUCAUCGUCAGCAGCAGCUGAUAUGGGGAUGGUGUUGCACGUAUUUAAAAAUGCAGGAAAGUGAAAGAGCUUAGAAAAAGUAUAUAUGACAAAUGGUAUUUUGCUUCGUAGAGACGUAAAUAGGAUCUAUUUUUUGAGAUUUCGCUUAAGUCUCUAGGGUUUUAACUCAUGGCCAAUGUUUAUUGAAUCACACUGUAUGGUCCACGUACGACAAAUUACAAAACCUGGUAAAUAGCCUAAAAGAUCAAUAACUGUCAGUCAUAGUCUCUUUCUGCAUACACAAUGAUCUUGGUUAAUAUUUGUAGUGGUUAUUCAUAACCACGAUGCAAACAGAGUAUAGUGUCUGUUGAGUACUUUUUGCCGAACUGCACUGGAACUCUUAUCUAUUCCAACUGUUACCUGAUUAAUAUUUUUGUAUCUGUAACAAUACACACGGAUACAAGGGGUGCCAGCACAACAUAUAAUCAAAUGUAGUGAUGUUGAGAAAGUGUGCCCUGGCCUUCUGCAAUAUGCUUUGUAAAUAGCGACUGUUUUGUUUUAAUAUCCAAUCAUAUAGCAAACGUACAAUGAACUUGGUGUUACUUCUAAGAGUUGUACAAUCAUCUUCAGAAUACAGAUUAACUAUGUAGAUAUAUCAAACUUCAAAUGUAUGUCUAUAUAUGUAUAUACGUCUUGUUAAAUAAACUUGCAAUAUUUAGAGGAAAAUAUGUAGAUAUUUGUCAGUAUGAAAGCAAUAACUAGUAUAGCGCACAUAGAUACAUACUGGCGCAAUGCAAUAAAGUAUGCUAUUGGGAAAUGUAUUUUUGUUACAUGUAGUAGUGCGAAGUAUGUACACAACACAGAAGUAGUCCGGCACAGCCUGGAGCCUUAUGAUCACUUACCUAGUAUUAGAAACACGGUUUCCCUUUGUCAUGUGCCCUAUGUACUUUUACACGGGUGGGACAGAACGCGAUAAAUCAUGAGAGCUAGGUUCAGAUGUUCCAUGUGAGCUACAUAAAUCAGAAGAACCACUAUAUUACUUACGCAUAUGUUUCACUCAUGAGACAUUUUUGCAGACUCUAAUCUGUAAGUUACUGAAUAUGUUAAUGAUAAUUAAUAAAUCAUCAAAUGAAGGCAAAGGGAAGCUGUACGUUGUAGAUUUAGAUGUAGGAAAAGCACCAUUUAUUUUGCUCACUUUUUCUGAAUAGUACAAAACGAUUCCGCCCACAGAGUGCAGUGAUCUGUACAAGCUGUGUUAUCUGAUUCCGUCCAUGAAUUGUACAUAGAAUGAAGAGAUAUAUAAUAGAGUAUAUAAAUAACUACUUUUAAGAGACGUAUUUUUUAGUAUGUAUAUUUGCUCAAACUAGUUAUAUAAUUCAUAUUGUGAGAGAGCAACCGUUACUAAUGUCUUAUACUGCAGAUAUUAAAAUAAUCUUACAGCUUCUUUAUAACAAUAGCGCCGAUACAGUUUUGCAUCACUUGGAAAUUUAUACAGAGCACAAACAAUAAUAACUAAUUUUUGUGCCUUACUUAACGUAGCUGUAGCUUUCAGCCUGUGUGACUAUGCAGCCGCACGAUGCGAGGCUAGAGUUGUAUUGUAUGACUUAAUUUAAUAUAGGCAUGGUCUUUUGUAUAUAUUGUUUAUUUGUAUAUAUAUAUAUAUGUAGAACUUACGCCUUGAUAACAUUUCCUGUUGUGUGUGUGUGUGUAAGUAUCAUAAUUAGCACCAUUAUCUUCUAUUUUUCUGUAAAUAAACUGUUUUUAGCUCACGA